AUGUCCCUUCAUGGGGGUUCGCGUUUUUUGGCCGACGACAUGGGCUUGGGUAAGACCCUGCAGUCGGUGACGAUCAUCUGGACCCUGCUGAAGCAGGGAGGGCCAGGUGGCAAGCCGGCGUGCAGGAAGUGCCUCGUAGUAUGCCCAGCGUCUUUGGUGAAGAAUUGGGCAGCCGAGUUCGACAAGUGGUUGCACGGUGAGUGCAAACACAUCGCAGUGUCCGUGGCGGGCCAAGCACAGGUGUCUGGCUGCUUCUCUGCGUUCAAGCACAGCCACGAAGUGAAGGUGCUCAUCGCGUCUUACGAGACCUUUCGAGGCCAUGCUUCGCAAGUAGCCGAGGCCGGCAUCGACCUUGUUGUCUGCGACGAGGCGCACAAGCUCAAGAACGACGACGCGGCGACCACGAGGUGCAUCUCGGCGCUGCCGGCAAAGCGGCGCCUCCUCAUCUCGGGGACUCCGAUCCAGAACAACCUGGAGGAGUUCUACACGCUCGCGAGCGUCGCGAACCCAGGCAUCUUCGGCGAUUUCAACGGCUUCCGCCGCAAGUAUGCAGCGCCUAUCCUGAAGGGCCGGGAGCCCACCGCCACCGCGGAGGAGCGGCUGAGGGCGGAGGAGACGCUCGCGAGUGUCUCGGAGAUGACCGAGCAGUUCAUCCUGCGGCGUACCAACAAGCUGAACGCCAAGUACCUUCCGGCGAAGCAGCUCUACAAUGUUUUCGUGCUGCCGACCGCCUUCCAGCGCAGGCUCUAUCACAAGUUCCUGAGGUCGACCGAGGCGCGCAACGUGCUGGAGGGGAACGUGACCCUCAACCGGACUGUUCUUUGCACCAUCAAGAAGCUCAUGAGCCUAGUCAAUCAUCCUUUCCUGGUUCGAUCGGCCACGCAGCGGCUAGACAAGGGGUUCGACGAUGAGGAGACUCGAGCGAUGUUUGCGCAGGUGGACGAGCUCGACCGCGGCGUCCGGACGCAGCAGAAGUCGGUGCACCAGGAGCUGUCUGGGAAGCUCUCUCUCUUGCACGCUCUGCUCGUCAACAUCAAAGCAUCUGGCAGUGGGGAUCGUGUGGUGGUCAUCUCGAACUGGGUCCAGACGCUUGACCUGAUCGAGAAGAUGUGCGAACACAACAAGUGGCCAGUGCACCGCCUGGACGGCAAGGCGGCGAUCGGGAAGCGAAUGAAGCUGGUGACGGACUUCAACCGGCCUGACCACAGGGAGAGGCAUUCGUAUUCCUGCUGUCCUCCAAGGCUGGCGGGUGCGGCCUGA